UCUUAGCCCGAGGGUCCAGUUCAAAACAACAAAACAGGCACAAAAGCGCCGCGUCGAACUUCGGCCUGACAAGUUUUUUCUUCGCCUUUCGCAAGCGCUGCGUACCGCUUUGCGUGGCUGCCAAGCGACGUGACGAAGGUAUCGCGAAUGACGGAGCGGCAGCUGCGAACGAACUUCUCGACAGAGACGCCGAUUGUUGUGGGACCGUCCCAUUCGGGAAUCCUGUGUUUUCGCCCGUGACAGCGGCGGCGGAAGCAGGUUUAGCCGUCGCAGCUUUCACGUUGCAAUUUUCUGCUUGUUCUUAUCCUUUUCUCUCUCUCCCUCUCGCCAACGAGCCGAGCUCUCGUCGACGCCAUGGUUCGGACCUCGGUGACAGCAGUGCGUGUGUUGAGAGACUGCGAGUCGUGACGUCCUGCGCGCAGCGCUAGCGAGAGUGUCACUUGCACCUGACGCACGCGAUCCGUGCCGUCAUUUGAAGAGCGUGUGUGCGCGCGAACACCAGCGGUGCGUCGGGCGACGACAAGAGACGCUAUGUCGGCGACGACCGCGGACCAGACCCGCUCGCCCCCGAGCCUGGGGUCGUCGAGCAGCGGAAGCAGCACUCCGCGACCGCUGCUCAUAUCAGACACAAAGGACUUGCGCGCCGUGAUCGGCUGUCAGAUGCUCCUCUUGCACGCUCUCCGGAAGCGCCGAAGACGGAUGAUCCUGGACCGUCGCACGUACGCCGUGCAGAACACGAUGCUUUUGCGUCGCAUCCAGAGACGACAGUCGAGGAUCCACUUUCUCAUGAGCAUCCUGAAGACUGCCUUCUCGGCCGGCCUGGGCCGGGACCUGUGCCCGAACCGAGUGGCGAACUCCAACCACGUCUCCUCUUCGGCUGACUUCGUCGACGGCCUUUACGAGGGCGACACUGAGUUGGACGAGGCGUCGCAGGAAGCCAACGACCGCCUCCUGACGCCGGGACUCAUUGGCGACGACGUCUGGCUGAAUACGUUCAGGGUCGGGAAGGAUCUCUACCAUUUCCUGCUCACUGAACUCAAGCCCUUCAUGACGCUGGACCAGGCAGCCAACGGUGGCCACCCGCCGUACGAGCAGCGCAUCGCCAUAGCGCUCUGGCGUCUCGGCAAGGUCUGGGAUGACCCGGCACUGCUGAGGGCCUUCGGAGUGACAGGCGACACUGUCGGCGCCAUCGUGCGGGAGUUCUGUUCGGCAGUCGUUAAGGUGCUGAUGCCCCGAUUUGUGCAGGUACCCUUCGACGAAGACCUCGACGACAUCACCGACCAGUUUCGCGAAAAGGCUGGCCUUCCACAGUGCGCUGGUGCCCUCUGCUUUGCACACAUUCCCAUCCAGCCACCACCAGACGACGACUCUGGCGAGUACACUAACCCAGAAGGCUGGAACUCCAUCGUCGUGCAAGCCGUUGUCGGCGCUGACCGGCGUUUCUGGGAUCUCAACAUUGGAUGGCCCGGCAGCACGCAGGUGUCCCAGGUCUUGCGCAGCUCCAGCCUCUGGAAGAAAGGCGAGGAAGGCACACUCUUUGUUGGCCACGACGAGGACAAUCCCCAAGUGGGACGCACACACAGGGUUCUUGCAGCGGGUGCGGGCUACCCUCUCCGCAACUGGAUCAUCACACCGUUCCUCAACCCGGACGAACGGCAGCUCCGUUUCAACCGUGCCCUCUGCGAGGUUCUGUCAGUCGGUGAGGUGGCGUUCAGGCACCUCGAGGCGCGCUUCCCGUAUCUGCUGCGUCACAAUGGCAGUGGUGUCGACCUGAUGCCGAGUAUUGUGGCCGCGUGCAGCACACUGCACAACAUGUGUGAGGAGUGGGGCGAUGGCAUUGGCGGCGCAUGGCUUGCCGAGGCUUCGAGACACGCCCUGCCACAGCCGCAUCCUGGCGCGGAUCCAGCUCGAGACAUGUCACGGUGCCUUGAGGCAGAAGCCAUUAGGACGGCUCUUUUUGCGACUGUAGUUAAGUGAGGUUUGAGUUUCGAGUCGUCACGCGUUUGCUUUUCAUUUUAAGUAAGGGUCAACCAUCACUUUGCUUGAGCACUAACCAUCUUAACCUCAACAUGGCAAAUUUGCCUUCGGCCAACUACCUCUAUCCGGCUCAGUAUUUGGUGAGGCCCUGACGUCCACAUGGAUUUGCCCAAAGCGGUUCUUUUGAAGCUUGAGUUUUACGAUGAUUUGUGCUUUUUCGAAUUGAUGCAGAGAAGGUAUGGGUGACUGUACACCACGAACAAAACAGUCUUUGGGUGGUAUAAUGUCACAGUUCAGACCUGCUGCGGCAACUGGCUUUUUAAAGCUUCUUCCAGAGAAGCUAGACGCUUGGUAUCCUAAUACAAAACUGCCUGGAUGAUCAUUUGUAAGCAUAGUUCAGCGAGUUUACUUUUUUUCACACUGUCUUGCCCAAGGCGUACCUACGGUUGCUGGCCGACCAGAGCUUUGUUCUCAUUUAGAUUAUUUCAUGUUUCAAUCCUGAACAGUCUGAACAAUACUGCCAUGGUACUUCAGUCAAGGUCCAGCUUCAGACUUGGACAUAUCAGCUCAUCGUUUGUCCACGUGCCCACCAUUCGUACACAUGGCCUGCUCAAAACUCAGCCUCGUGUUGUCACAAACUUCCCACAUUUUGUGAGUAAUCGGUUCAUGCCAGCCCCUGUCGCACACACUCUGUGAUGAACUGAUUAGCCGCAAGUACAUCGUCACAUUCGCUCAUGUCCAUACCGCAGCCUGGUAUCAGUGGUCAGUAUCUCACUUGCACUCUGGCUCGAACCAUGCAGGUACAGGCAUAGAAUUUUUUUUUCACAGCCAAUUCUUGUCUGGUGAGUAAGCCAUUGUAGCAUUUAUUGCCACUGUCUUCCAUACCAUGCCUUUAUUGUUCUGUUCACAUUCAGGUGACAAAUAGUAAUCACCUUGGCUCGUUCAAGGUAUUGAUUCUCAUUCUAAGGGUACUUGAGGAAAAUCUGGGAGUGCAGCUGUUCAUCACAGUGGAAAUCAUGGGUGAUGCAUGGAUUUUUUUACAAUUUCACAUAGCUUUGUUGCGAAAGUGCACUGUGGCUUCUUUUAGUGCUCUUUACAGUUUGUUUGUGUGGCAGGAUAGCCUUGCAAUGUUUGUUAGAGCAGUCUUUGGAGCAAGUGUUCCACAUUAACAUCUGAAUAAUUUUGUCAUGAAAUUUCGGGCUCAUAAAUCUCAACACUUCAGAGUGUAUAACUAAGUCUAUAUCAUAUUUGGUCAGUAACACUUGCUGUGCAUAAAUCUUUCCGAUAUGCUGAAGUCUUUUUUUUUGCAGCCAAAUGGUAGAAAUUGUAAGCUAAAUAAGGUUAAUCAUUGCCAUUCAGUGAACCUGUGAUGAGUAAGUUGCUCCAGCGAUGGUGAUACGAGAAGCCACAAAGUUGUUCGGAGCCAAAGGGCUGAAGUUUAGACGAAUCCAUGGACUGCCCAUCAUUUCUCUGCUGGCUUAGCCACCAUGCUGGUGGACAUUAUGCGUACACUAACACCAGAUUUUCCUCCGGUGCUCUUAUUGUGAAACUGUGUUGUUGAAAUGGGCACACAAGCUGGCACCUGUUAUACAAGUGUUCUUCUGGAGAGCUGUGCACCGCGGCACGCUCGUGCUCACUGUUGCAAAAGCGCAGCAAUAUUUUUUGUCUAUAUAGGGGGGGUUGCAGCAAGUGCAAAUAGCAAUAGCUGUGAUUGUCAAGUUUCAUUCUUGCAAAGUAGGGUUGCCUUGGGUUCAGCUGUUCAAAUACAAGGCAAAUGUAGAUAUCGGGCAGUAUUCUCGCCCGAUCAUCACAUUGGGGAUGCACAAUCGCUGUUGCGAGAUUUCAAAUGACUCAACACUGGAUUCCGCCGGCGUAUAUGGCCAACGGUGUUCCUGACACAGUGACAAGCUUGCUAUCAUUGCACAGUUCCAGCAACGGUGUUCUUGGCACAGUGAUAAGCUUGCUGUUGUUGCACAGUUCCAGCAACACUGCCAAGUGUGCGACGCAAGGCCUCAUGAAAGUGAUCGCGUCAGAGUACCACCCGUGGUUUUGUAAUGCACGCACCACAGUGCAUGACAUUUAUUGCAUCUAUAAGGGGAAGAAAGUGAAAAUAUGAGUGGUGAAAGUGGGGGUUUUGAUGUUUGGUCAACUGUCCACGAGUUGUUGCUAUCUUUACGCACUUUGAAGAUAAAUUUGUUAGUUCGUAGUGGACGAUAUUAAGGAACAAAGCAGGUGCUCAGUUGUUGUCAGAAAAAAUAUAAAGAGGACCAGUAUUGCAAAACAUAGGAAUACUGAAUUUUGUGACUACAUUCUUGGAAAGGAUGUCAGCAGCUCAGACUACACUUGUAAAAGAGUGUUUAAUGCGAACAAACUUGAUAUUGUGCCUUGCCAUUACUUCGUGAACAGUACAGCUGGCAAUAACUGCCUAACCAGCAUAAAAUUUCCAUAUACUACAUCGCAGUGUAUUGUCACUUUUGUCUUAUUCUUUAAGUACUCAAAUGGUUGCUAUAAAUGCUUGGAUGUCUUUUCAAGUUAGAGCGCCACUGACCUACCGUGGUAGCUAACUGGCUAUGGCACUCUACUGCUGAACAAAAGGUUGCGGGUACGAUUCCCAGCUGUGCAACUGUACCUUGCUUUGGGUCCACUGUGAAGAAACCCAGGUGGUCGAAAUUAAUCCGGAGCCCCUCACUGUAGGCGUCAAUGUACAGGUUUGGGGCAUUAACCCCCAUAACUUGUAUUCUAAAGGAACACUAAAGGUAAAUAUUAACCAGAGUUAGAUUCAUAGAUUAUUCGUCCAGAAGCCUAUAAUCAUUUUCGGUGUGCCAACACAUGACUUUGUUGCGUAUGAAAUUGCCUCCAAAGGUCUCAUUGCUGCUCCUCGAUUUCAAUUGCCCACAUCAAAUCAGACGAGUUCCCCCGUGAUCUCCCUCUCUGCCGCUGUCUGUGACCCAGUCAGUGCCGACGUCGCAUGAGAUGUACCUUAGUGCAAAAUAGGCGGUGCCGCUCUGAUUUCCCAUUUCUCGUCAUUUUCUCACUUGCAAAAGCUCUGUUCUCACUAUGACUGACGGACACGUUAUUAUAGAAGUCCAGUCUUUUCAUCUAGCUUGACUUAGUAUUUUCAUUUAAUGUAAGAGCCACAGAGCUGUUAAUUUGGCGGCAAAAGGCGUAGCACACCCAAAGCGGGACAAAAGAAGGACACAGACUAUAUGCACAUUUGGCAUUUAAGAGCUUGUGGUGCUGUUUGUCUAAAUUCACCAUCUCUAUUACUAUUUUGGUUAACACAAAUUUUGCGCAGCACUGUGUUAAGACAAAAACAUGUACUUUAUAAGCACUCCACAAAUCCCGGAAGCAUUUCGGUAAGUUGCUGGCCUUAUUUCGAGUGCAACAAAUUUCAUUUGGAUUUGUCCGGUGGCUGGUGUGAAAAAAACUGUCUCCAUUUCCGUGUGUUUGGACAGGAUUGCCCAAGGUAUAUCACCCUCUCUGUGCAUCGUUUUCGAGCUCUUUUUAUAUGUAUGCGAUAGGGUAUAGCUGGUCACAAGUUUCCACAGCUCCACAUCACAAGAUGGCCAUCGUAUGGCCUUUGAGAAUCUCGUGCACUGUACAGGUCACACAAAGACUGUCCACUGAGACUAUUGAAGAAAAAAGGAAAGGCAUUCCUUAAUUUGGCAGGGGAAGCACUUCCAUAUUUUCUUGUAUCUUUAUGCUUGUGUUUUGUUUGUGACGCGUGUAGGCACGCAAUGUCUCAUGACAUCAUUGUUGCUUGCAUUUUUUAUAGAAUUCUGUUUAGCAGAGUGAUGCCUCUUGUAAUUAUCUGUUGUGUGUGUUUUCAAAGAAUUUGCAUUCCAGCAUUUUGGCACUGAAAUGCCUUUUUUUUUUUCCAUUCUUACCUGACAAAAGUGAUGUCAGUUCCAUUUACGGGUAUUUGAGGAUUAGAAACAGCAAGCGCAUUCGUGUAUUUGUACCUCUUAAGCUGCUACAGUCCUUGUCGAAAAUUUCAAUAGCUACAUUUUUACUGGGGUGAAAUGCAAGAAUGCUUACGUACGGCUCGUUUGGUGCGUGGUAAAAGAACCACAGGUGCUGAAAAUAAUCUGGAGCUCCUUGCUGUGGUGUCUCUGAUAGCUGCUGUGUAGCUUUUGGGGAUUGAAUUCAUGGUUUAACCUUGCAACGCAGAAUCAUUUGAUUGGGCAAUGCACUGAUGCGCCGUAGAACAUUUCUUGCAUCAAAGCUAGACAACGCUGUUCGCUUUCCUAAACUUUUAUAAUCUCUGGUACAAUACAGGAGCACCAUAGCAGGCUAGAGUGACAAAUUGUUACGUGGGUUUGAAACUUUUGACAAUGGCUGUACACUGUGAAACCAACACAGAACAGCCCGCAUGAUUUAUGUUUCAAACUGUCUUGCCUUUUGCCUGGCGCAUUCUUGAACAUGAGAUCUACUUAGAACACAUCAAGAAGUGGUGUUUCAAUUCUCACUCAUGUUGUUUGAGUAUUGAUGUGUUGCCUACCUUCUGUACAUGUUACUUCACUGUGACCGGAGGCUGGUGAUCAACGGUCCUUUUUAUAGAGAAUUGCAGAGUUCAGGAACUGUCGUUUCCUUCGUCCCACUUGGAAGUGGUCACAUAUCAUUUUAACUAAGCGAUGUCGGAACAACACUUGAACAUGUAAAUAGUAGUGGCAGAGAUCAGUGUACUGAUAUGUACUUUUAUGUUGUUUUCUGCGACGAGAAACGCCCAGCUGAGUAUGCUGUUCCACUGACUAUAUUACACUGCUCACAUUUAAUGUGCCUCAUGUUACUGUGUUGCUGUGUCAUUAAGUCAUGAACACUACAUUUUGGCAGCUAAUAAGAUCCUUUAGUAAUUGGGCGUGUGAAAUCGUCGUAAAAGGGGGCUUCCAAAAUAUUUUGUCUUCCAUGCGUAAGCUGUCAGAAGUGGCAGCCUGUUGCCAAGCACGGGACCAACCCCUUUUCCCAUUUCGCGGGCUGUGUUGCUAACUACUCGUUUCAUACAUUAACCAUGAGCCUUGCACUUGUAUGUCCCCCUCUCUCCCUGUUGUUAAAGAACAUUUAUUGUAUACGGAGCUAGAAAACAGGUACAUGAAGUUUGAGAACGAAAUCAGUGUUCUUUCUGCUGCAAUGCAUGUAGCGAGAAUACUUAGCCCCUGAAGUACAUGAUCCUUGACGAGUUCUCACUGUGAUAAAUUAUUAGAUGCAUUCCUCUUUUCUCUUCAAGCAGUGAGAGGUAGUAUCUGGUUUCAUGAUUGCGCUGCUGUUGUUAUGCCCUGUAUAUUCUCCAUGUUUUGGUGAACUGCGUAAUAGUUUAAUUAUUAACCAGUGCAGGGAACUUUUGUCAAGUUGCUGUGUGAUAGUUUGCCAUUGCCCGGGCCAACUCGCCUACAGCUACAACUUUUGGGAAACUAGCCAGCAUAAGUGCUUGAGAAUGUUUAGUCUGCAAAAGGUUAAUUUAAUAGUCGUACGUAUCAAAAGUAAAUAAAAUGCUGUUGCAUAAUCAAAUUCCCCGUGUAGACAGUCUUGCAGAACUUUUAAGGUUCUGCAAACGAUUGCUACAAAUGCGUAUGGAUUCUAUCAUGCUUCCUGUUACGUUUUUUUUACAAUUCCUGUGCCAUCUGAUAGUCUGUCUCGUGGUCCAACGCUGCGUGAGAACUAGAAUUUAGUUUGGCUAAGUGAGUUUGUGUUAGCCUGUGCUUCAUUCUUCGAAUAGUUCUAUUUGCAUGAAACAGCAAACUGCAAAAGUCAUGGUUCUUUAGGUCCUUCAUAAUUUAAAUGUUGUUACUAGGCUCAACCUUCUGACCCAGCACUGUGCACAACAUUUAGUUAAAACUUCUUCCACUGACGAAAGAACAACAGCUUGUGGGGGAGGGGGGUGGUUAAUUGCAAGCACAUGUAGUUUUGUAUCCCUGGCCUCGUUUUUUAAAAGUGUAUUGAUACUCUUGCAUGCAAUUGAGUCAUUUCUCUCAUUGCACUUCCCGAAAGUACGAAUCAACUUGCACACA